CACUACGAAUUUACAUUUGGGAGAUAAAUUUGAAAUGUUGGAAUUCGCGAGUGAAACAUUUUUUUCUAUUAAAUUAUUUUCUGUUGUAAAGAUAAUUUGAAAUUUCUAUCAUUAUUUUAUUUUUGGUAUUGUUGGGUGAAAAUAAUUGACAGUUGUUGACAUUUCGUAUAAGACCCACAUAAUCAAAAUGACAGUGUAAUCAUGAAAAAUUGAAACUGUGGAAAUUUUUGGAAAAUUUAUAUUAAGAUAUUGUCAGUUGAAAUCUUAUGGAUUAUGAAGUGCUAAUAAAAAAAAACCAACGAAGCCCCAUUAAAAUUAAGUUGUAAAGUGUUUUCGAAAGUGAAAAUUUAUCACAUAUUAGAUUGUUAAAAAUAGCGUCGCGUUUGAGUUUAUAUGAUUUGUUUUGGUUUUUAUCUUAAUAAAUAAUGCCACGAGGUAAAAAGCGUACAAUGGAAAUGGCACCAGCUGAAGAAGAACGGCAGACGUCCAAACGACAACGAAAUAAUGUUUCUAGUUCGAGACGCACAAAUAAAAUCGAAGAUGGAUUUAAUAUUAAACGUUGCCUCAGCUGGUUCAAACAAUACACAAUAGCAGAAGAACCCGAUGUACUCGGACCAAUGCAGAUGGAACAAUUUUGCAGCGAUAUUGGCGUGGAACCGGAGGAUGUAGUCAUGCUUGUGAUAGCAUACAAAAUGAACGCACGUCAAAUGGGAUUUUUUACACAAGCCGAAUGGCAAAAGGGUUUAACAGAUUUACAGUGUGAUUCAGCCAUAAAACUGCAAUCAAAAUUAGACUAUUUGAGGAAUUUGAUGAACGAUCAGAACGUAUUUAAAAAUGUAUAUCGGUAUGCAUAUGAUUUUGCACGGCAGGAUAAAGAUCAACGGAGUAUGGAUAUUGAAACGGCAAAGGCAAUGCUGCACCUGUUAUUGGGAAAAUGGCAAAUGUAUCCGGAAUUCGCACAAUUUUUGCAUCAAUCAAAGUACAAAGUGAUCAACAAAGACCAAUGGUGUAACAUUCUUGAAUUUUCCCGAACUAUCACACCUGACCUUUCAAACUACGACGUUGAUGGUGCUUGGCCCGUUCUCUUAGAUGAAUACGUUGAAUUUUUGCGAAUUUCAAGACACAACGAAAUCAGCUGAAGAAGCACUCUUCAAUUUUGCGUCAAAGACUCAAUAUUUGACGUUAUUAAACUCAUCGGCAUAAACGAUUUAUUAUUUACAAUUUUCUUCUUUAUUCAAUUUGAUUUUGUCUGUUUUAAAUUUUACUGAGAAAUCCAAUUUUGAUUUGUAAAAAUUGAAAGAAACCAAGAAUUAGUGAUAUAAAAAAAGCCAAUCGACUUCAUAACCAAACAUACAAAGAAACAAAAAAAUAAAAUAAAAUAAUCGAUACGCUUAAAGACAAAUUGUUCAGGUUUAACCAGAUUGUGAAAUGCUGUAGAUCUGGUCAUUAGAUAGCAACCAAAACUAUCGACGGAAACUUGUUAUGAAGCAGAAGUCAUAUUUAACUAACUGAUAGACACUUGGAAUAGGCAAUGAAUGAAAUUAUUACGUUCUCAAUUCAAAGCAAAUGCUCAAAUGAUUACCCUCCUCCAAAAUGGAACGCUAGAAAAACAAAACUACAAAUUCUUUUCUUUAAUUUCUAUUCUCAACAAUUUCGAAUUCAUCACUAUUUUUCCGUAAGGCAAUUAAAUGGGAUAGUCAUCUCAAAUUUAUGAA